GUGAAAGAAUGGACGGAUGUCCGUUAGUAUGAGUCUUUGUGUUGGCUUUAACCCUAAUUUUAUUACAACGGGAGCCUCACGAAUCUGACGAAAAUUUCUACCAAGAAAAUAUCGGAAUUGUAUCGCGAAGAUCAAAUUUCUCUCAGAAGUCUGAUAAUCCUGACUUAACAUUGACACAGCACUGUAGUUGCUGUUUCAAAACCGUGAUGGGUGCUCCUAAGCAGAAAUGGACUCAAGAAGAAGAAUCAGCUUUAAAGUCUGGGGUUAUCAAGCAUGGUCCUGGUAAAUGGCGCACAAUUCUCAAAGACCCUGAAUUUAGUGGAGUCCUGUACCUGCGUUCCAAUGUAGAUCUUAAGGACAAAUGGAGAAAUAUGAGUGUCAUGGCCAAUGGGUAUGGAUCGCGUGAAAAGUCUAGGUUAGCUGUUAAAAGGACGCUCUCUCUUCCUAAACAGGAUGAUAACUCACUUGCCAAUACCACCUCAUUGCAAAGUGAUGAAGAAAUGGGAGAUGCUAAGCAUUUUUCUACUACUGGCUCUUCUGCAUUGCAAGUUUCUGCUACUCCUACUACAAGGAGACCUAAUGUAAGGCUGGAUAGCCUUAUAAUGGAAGCGAUAGCUACAAUGAAAGAGCCUGGUGGCUCUAAUAAAACCACAAUUGCUGCCUACAUUGAGGAACAAUAUCACGCUCCGCCAGACUUCAAAAGGUUGCUAUCUACCAAGCUGAAGUUCUUGACAGGUUCUGGUAAACUUGUGAAGGUUAAACGCAAGUACAGAAUUUCGAACUCCACUCCUUUGUCUUCCCAGAGGAAAAGAAAUAUGGGGUCAUCUUCCGGAAAACAGAGCAUUCAUUCUUUGCCUUCACAAACAGACGGAGAUGAAGUGAGUGUUCAGACGAGGUCACAGAUUGAUGCAGAGCUAGCCAAAAUGAAGACUAUGAGCGUACAUGAGGCGGCAGCAGUUGCAGCACAGGCAGUUGCAGCGGCAGAAGCUGCCAUGGCUGAGGCUGAAGAAGCUGCAAGGGAAGCAGAGGCAGCAGAAGCCGAAGCAGAAGUAGCUCAAGCUUUUGCUGAAGAAGCUGCAAAGACAUUGAAAGGAAGAAAUACCUGCAAAGUGCAGAUGAUCCGUGCUUGAGGUGCUGGGGAGAGAGCAGAAGAAGAAGCACAAUGUGUUGCAUGUGAAGAGAGAUAGAGAGAGAGAGAGAGAGAGAGAGAGAGAAGCGUAGUAGUGUUUGUGUGUUGAUGAUUCUCUACUUGGGAACUCUUUUAGUUGCAAGCAGCAAUCGUAUGUGUCUAUUACUUAUUUACUUGUUUCCUCAGGCACAGUUUUAUAUCU